UGGUCAUAUAAAAUUCAUUUAUUCAUUGUGAAGUACUUUAUAUAACCUAAGACAACGAUAUGUAUUCGGGAAAACGUUUUAAAAGUUUCACAUUUCAGGAACAAACUUGCGAUUCAAAAUGAGGAUUUGUUCAGAUUCAGCUUUUAAACUCUACGGAAAACUGAAGACCGACAAAGCCUACAGACAAAUAUUUACAGUGUUUGUGUGGUCCUGUUUUGCUUUUCUUGUUUUAGGUUGGAAUCUUGGACUAGGAGGGCCGACUUUAUUGGACCUUCAGAUAAUAGCAAACUGUUCACUAGAACAAGCAUCUCUUUUCUUUACAGCUAUUGCAACUGGAUAUAUGAUUUCAUCCUUUGUAAUUGGAAUAACUUUUGACAGAUUUGAUAAAUUUUUGCAUAUCAUAUUCGGGAAUGUCGGCCUCUCUAUCGUUAUGGCUGCCAUACCAUGGUGCAAAUAUUAUGAACUUAUGUUCACAAUGCAUGUUAUAAAAGGAUUUUUGUGUGGAUUUUCAGAUGGAGUUGCUUCAACCCUUUUGAUUCAUCUUCUUGGUCAAGAUUGCAGAAGAUAUAUACAGAUUAUUCAUUUUUUCUUCACAAUUGGAGGAAUGCUAUCACCGUUAGCUGCUGCUCCUUUCUUAAGUCAGCUUGAAGGAUCAAACAUGAUAAAAAACGAAUCGUAUGACGGAAUAUUCAGUAUGACAACUUUACGUUACAAUACUAGUAACAUACCUACGUUUCAAAAUUCACAUAAUCUUUUAAUUUUACGAAAUACUAGCGAUAGUUCACUAACAACGGAAGUUUAUAAACCAUACUUCAUUUCUGCAGGAUUAAGUUUGCUGUCAGUUGUUCCAUUUGCUGUCAUGUACUUUACAUUUGAUAAGAAACUGGUGGAAACAAAACAAAAAAAAGAAACGAAAGAAGAUAAAAACUGUGAACUUCCGUUAUUGCUGCGUAUCCCAGUUUUGUUAACUGUAGCCUUAUGUUCAUCAGUAUACACAGCACUUGAGGACUCGUUUGCCAAUUUUCUGGCGACGUUUUCUGUCAAGCAGUACCAAUGGGAUAAAUCUGUUGCCUCGUAUGCUACAUCACUUUAUUGGGCUUCAUUUUCAGCGGGUAGUCUUAUAGGAAUAUUUAUAGCGCCGUUUUUUAAUCUAUCUAAAUUCUUGACUUUCUACAGUUUAAUGAUAGUUUCGUCAUUCACUGUGCUCUUGCUGACUACUCUAUAUGGAUUUGAUGGCGGUAUAUGGGCAUCUGCUGCAAUCUGUGGAUUCUUUAUGUCAGUUUUCUUUCCAUUAUUCUUUGCAUGGACAGAAGAAGAUUUUCUUCAUGUUUCUGCUCGCGUAACGGCAUUAAUUAUGAUAUCAGGUAGCAGUGGGGUAAUAAUCAACCCAGUUAUUCUUGGACAGCUGAUGGAAGAAUCACCGGUUUGGUUCUGUUAUAUUUUACUUGGGGAAAGUAUUUUAUUGUUCUUACUCUUUUGCAUUGGAACUCUUCUGUCAAAGAGAACAAAAAGAUUUCGAAUGAUGUCAGAACUUGAAAUUCGUGUUGACAGAAAUGGGGAAAUAUCUGAAAACGGAAAUAUAGAUGCAAAAGUCAACAAAGGUUUUGAAAUAACUAAAUUCUAA